CACGCCGCAGAGGUAUUUAAUUCUCAAGACUAGACGAGGUAUUAGACGGAAGGUCGAAAGAACAGGUAGGCCAUGUUGGAUUUUAAGUAAACUUCUCGUGUGACCCCGGCAUUAGAAAUGCAUUCCCGGCGCAGUGCUCAGGAAGUCCUACUGAAGUCCGAGUUACAGUACCGAGUUUCUCUCCUCAGAGAAUAAACAAAGAUCAGCUCAAUGAAAUGUUUGGUUCUCUGUCGCCAUUAUCCAUUAAUACAGAACAUGGCGAGACAAUGAAGUCAGCAGAAGUUGUAUCGUCUCCUCCAGUCAAACCACUGCUUGAUGACCCGCGCCUCACCGCCACCAUAAACACUGGAUAUGAAUAUCUAACCAGUGUUAGCUGUCUGAGUGAAGAUCAAGUCUGGACACGCGGGGAUAACGAAACCAUGAAGCUUCUCAACCUCCAGAGUAAACUACUGACAUCAAUACAAACCAAGUUAGGGAACGAACCGCGGGACAUAGCAGUGACACGGGACGGAGAUCUUGUUUAUACUGACACUACUAAUAACACCGUGAACUUAAUUAAGAAUAAACAGAUACAUACCGUGAUCACACAACAGGGGUGGAGACCUCGCUAUGUCUGCUGUACCGCGUCUAACCAUCUCCUGGUUACCAUGUUCAGUGAUGAUUACAAACAAUCCAAAGUUGUGCGUUACUCCGGCUCCACAGAGACACAAAGCAUUCAGUUUGAUGACCAGGGUCGUCCUCUCUAUUCACCUCGUAGUUUCUUAGCAUAUAACACUAAAUACGUCAGUGAAAACAGGAACUUGGAUAUCUGUGUGGCUGACAAUGACGCUAGUGCAGUAGUGGUGGUCAAUCAGUCAGGAAAACUCCGAUUUAGAUACACUGGUCAUCCCUCUAAUACCGAGCAAUUAUUUAAUCCAUUCGGCAUCACUACAGACAGCCAGAGUCACAUCCUGACAGCAGACUGUGACAAUCACCGUAUCCACAUCCUAGAUCAGGACGGACAGUUUCUUCGUUACAUUCACUGUGAUUUAGUACGUCCAUGGGGUUUAUGUGUGGACAUCAGAGACAACCUCUUUGUGGCUGAGUGUGACACUGUAAAAGUGAAGAAAAUCCAAUAUCUAUAAACACAGUGUCAAUUACACAUCUCUACACAGCGUUAAUUACACAUCUAAACACAGUGUUAAUUACACAGCUCAACACAGCGUUAAUUACACAUAUCUGCAACGUUAACUACACAUCUCUACACAGUGUAAAUUACAGAACUGGUUUGAUUCCUUCUACUUGUUAAUUACAUCAUCUUGUUAAUUACAGCCCUGUGUUAAUUACAGCCCCGUGUUAAUUAUAGUCCUGUGUACAUUACAGUCCUAUGUACAUUACAGCCCUGUGUUCAUUAUAGCCCUGUGUUUGUGAUGUGUAACAUGUAUUUGUGUUUGUGAGUUUAAUGGAACAUUAUUUUGUUUGUGAAUUAAUUCAAUAUGUGUUUGAUUUUACAAUGUAUAUAUUAGAUAAACAUGAUACAGAG